AUGAGAGGCUCAGAGUCGGGUCGAUCUGGCUGCUACCGUUCCGGAAGAUCCGGUUGAGGAAGGCCCCGCAGUGGGAGAUCCCGAUGGAGUGGGCGCCAGAGAGGGUGACCAGCUCGUCGGGUGUCAGGUUCUUCUGGGCGAAGCGUCGGAUGAGAUCACUGGCGUUAGCGAACGGGGAAGGCAGGUUGACCUCAGAGAUGUUGGAGACGACGCCAUCCCGGCGGCCGGCGGGGACUUGGUAGGAGAUGUUGCCGGCGAGGGCGGCGCUGUCACGGGCGGCGAAGGUGAGGAUGUCAGCGCAGGAGACGACGUCGGGGCACGCGGCCUCGAUGGCCGCCUUAGCGGCGUCGAUCACCUCGAAGCCGCGGAGGCUCAGAUUGGGGAGCGCAUCCUUCUCGGAGGGGUUCCCCGGGGUGGUGUUGAGGAGCACCGAGGCGUCGCAGCCCUGGGAAUGAGAUCAGCGGUCAAGCUCUGA